AUGUCCAAGAGCUGCCCCAAGUGUCAGUCUACCAACAUCGAGACGGAUGGUGCGCGAGGAGAGGCUGUUUGCACUAACUGCGGUCACGUGCUUGAGGAGUGCGCCAUCGUCUCUGAGGUUCAGUUCAGCGAGAACGCGGGAGGACAGUCGUCGGUAGUGGGUCAGUUUGUGCCCGAGCAUGGCUUGUCGGGGUUCCGAGGAGCGCCGGGCUACGGCGGCUUCUCCAAGGAGUCGCGCGAGGUGACGCUGGCCAACGGCAAGCGGAUCAUCCAGCACAUCGCGGGCUGCCUGCGACUGGCGAGCAACCACGUAGAGGUGGCUCAUCGGUUCUUCCAGCAGGCGGUGCAGAAGAACUUCAUCCAGGGGAGGCGAACCAACAGCGUGGUGGCCGCGUGCCUCUACAUCGUCUGCCGGCGACUCAAGACGUCGCACAUGCUCAUCGACUUCGCUGAGGUCCUUCAGAUCGACGUGUACGACCUCGGCAACGUCUUCCUCAAGUUCUGCAAGGAGCUUCACAUCAAGCUGGACCCUAUCGACCCCUCCCUCUACAUCCGCCGCUUCGCCUCCAUGCUCGAGUUCGAGGAGAAGACCCACCAGGUCGCGCACACGGCGCUUCGGAUCGUGGCGAGGAUGAACCGGGAGUGGAUGAUCACUGGGAGGAGGCCCGCGGGGAUCUGCGGGGCCGGGCUGAUCAUCGCGGCGAAGAUGCACGGGUUCAACAGGACGGAGACUCAGAUCGCUCAGGUCGUGCGGAUCUGCGACGGGACCCUCAAGAAGCGACUGAGCGAGUUCGACGAGACUGGCGCGUCCGACCUGACGGUCAGUGAGUUCAACUCGCUGUUCAAGGCCGGCAGUGCCACCGACUUCGUGGACGACGAGAAGUACAAGGAGGAGGAAAGCAAGUGGUGGUGGGAUAGCAAAUGCGCGCCUCCCUCCAUGAAGAACCAAACCAAGAAGAAGAAAAUCUCCUCCUCUCCCUCCUCCCGCUCGCAGUCUGUGUCGGAGUUCUCCAUGGAAGGGCUACAGGACCAGGUGAAGCAACUUCAUAUUCCAGUUGCCUUCCGCUUGUGA